ACCAAACCCCAUCUAAAUUCUAAAACCCACUCCUUUAAUGGCCGCGAAGUUGAUAACGGCUCGUUGGGCCACUCUCACCUCCACUCUCCUUUUCCCUCUCCCUCGCCCCAGUCUCCACCGCACGAUCGUCAACGCACGGCUUCCGCGCGUCUCCUCCUCCUCCCCCCUCCCGAGCUCGUCCCUAACCCCGUCGUCGUCGUCGUCGUCGUCGUCGUUGUCCAUGGCGUCGGAGGCUGUCGCCGUGGAGAAGACCUCGGGGCCGUACGGAUCAUGGAAGUCGCCGAUCACCGCCGACGUCGUCGCCGGCGCCGAGAAGCGACUCGGUGGCGUCGCCCUCGGCGGCGACGGGCGCCUCCUUUGGAUCGAGACACGCCCCGGCGAAGGAGGGCGCGCAGUUAUAGUAAAGGAGCCUGAAAAACUGGAAGAUAAACCGCUGGAUGUUAUAUCUUCAGAGUUUUCGGCUCGAACUUUGGCCCAAGAGUAUGGAGGGGGUGCAUUUGCAGCUAGAGAUAAUGUCAUUAUAUUCUCCAAUUAUAAAGAUCAACGUUUAUACAAGCAAACAGUUGGAGGGAAUCACGCGCCAGUACCUCUAACACCAGAUUAUGGGGGCCCGGUUGUCCGUUAUGCCGAUGGUGUCUUUGAUCCUCUCUUCCAUCGUUUUAUUACCGUAAUGGAAGAUCAUCGUACAAGUAGCUUAAAUCCAACUACAACCAUUGUUGCAAUACAUUUGAGUAAUGGAGAUAUUCAUGAGCCAAAAGUGCUACUGAGCGGCAAUGACUUCUAUGCCUUUCCACGUCUUGAUCCAAGUGGAAAACGGAUGGCAUGGGUUGAGUGGAGUCACCCAAACAUGCACUGGGACAAAGCAGAGCUUUGGGUUGGAUACGUCUCUGAAAGUGGAGACUUAUAUAAGCGAGUACGUGUCGCUGGUGGUGACCCUUUGUUGGUGGAAUCUCCGACUGAGCCCAAAUGGUCUUCGAAAGGGGAGCUGUUUUUCAUGACUGAUAGAAGGAUGGGGUUCUGGAAUAUAUACAAAUGGAUUGAAGACAAAAAUGAGGUUGUGCCAGUGUAUUCCAUGAAUGCUGAAUUCGCAAGACCACUAUGGGUUUUUGGUACCAGCUCUUACGAUUUUGUUGGAAGAAAUGGUGAAAAUAAUAGUAUCGUCUGCAGUUACAGGCAGAGCGGAAGGUCAUACCUUGGAAUUUUGGACUACGUUUCAGGAUCCUUUUCAUUGCUUGACAUUCCCCUGUCUGAUGUUACUAAUGUUGUUGCUGGAUCAGACUACGUUUAUGUGGAAGGAGCAUCGGCAACUCACCCAUUGUCAGUUGCUAAGGUGACCUUGAAUGAAACGCUAUCGAAGGCAACAGCAUUCUCAAUAGUUUGGUCUUCUUCUCCGGAUGUUACUAAACACAAACCGUACUUCAGCCUGCCAGAACUUAUCGAAUUUCCUACACAGGUUCCUGGUCAGAGUGCUUAUGCUUAUUUCUACCCACCUACAAAUCCCAAUUUUCAAGGUUCACCUGAUGAGAAGCCCCCAUUGUUGGUCAAAACACAUGGAGGGCCUACAGCUGAGACACGUGGAAUUCUUGAUCUUAACAUUCAGUAUUGGACAAGUCGAGGAUGGGCUUUCGUCGAUGUUAAUUAUGGAGGAAGCACUGGUUAUGGGAGAGAAUAUCGAGAAAGACUGUUGGGGCAAUGGGGUGUUGUUGAUGUUAAUGACUGUUGCAGCUGUGCUAGAUAUCUGGUGGAAAGUGGAAGAGUAGAUGGACAACGACUUUGCAUAACUGGCAGAUCUGCAGGUGGUUACACAACAUUAGCGUGCCUUGCUUUCAGAGACACAUUUAAAGCCGGUGCUUCCUUGUAUGGUGUAGCUGAUUUGUCUUUACUGAAAGCCGAGACUCACAAGUUCGAAUCCCACUAUAUUGAUAAUCUUGUCGGAAAUGAAAGGGAUUAUUUUGAGAAAUCACCAAUUAACUUUGUAGAUAAAUUUACCUGCCCAGUGAUUUUAUUUCAAGGAUUAGAUGACAAGAUUGUGCCACCGGAUCAAGCGCGUGAGAUUUAUAAAGCCCUGAAAGAAAAAGGCUUGCCUGUUGCUUUGGUUGAGUAUGAAGGGGAGCAACAUGGGUUCCGCAAGGCUGAGAACAUCAAGUUUACUCUGGAGCAGGCCAUGAUGUUCUUUGCUCGGUUAGUGGGGCGAUUCGAAGUGGCUGAUGAUAUCACUCCUAUCAAAAUUGACAACUUUGAUUAAACUCUUGGCUACUUGCUGGUACAUUUGAUUGUGUAAUUGGUGUCUGGUUCGCGGUGAUAAAUUGUUGAAUCUUUAUCUUAUGUGAGGUUAAAAAAACUUUGGAUAAUCUUUUAAAUAGCUCUGCUUAAUUGAUGAUGAUCCUUUUGACCUCAUGCAAGAGAAAUGUAUUGUUGGGAAAUGAAGUACAAAUUGGAUUCGGAGAACAACAAA